AUGGAUACCUUAACAAGUACACCUCCACCCAUAUCAUCAGGUACAAUGAAUGGUGAUAAACUUUCAGGUCAAUUAAUUAUUAAAGCUCAAUUAGGCGAUGAUAUUCGUAAAAUGAUGAUACAUAAUGAAGAUUUAACAUUAAAUGAACUUGUGCUUAUGAUGGAACGUAUAUUUGCUGGUAAAAUUUCAAAUUCGGAUGAAAUAACUAUAAAAUAUUUAGAUGAUGAUGGUGAUAAAAUAACUUUAUUAAAUGAUAGUGAUUUAACUGUUGCAUUACAUUUUCAUAAACUUCUUCGUUUAUUUGUAUGUAUUAAUGGUAAUGAACAAACAAAUACAAAUUCAAUAGAUAAACUUACUAAAGAAGAUAAUUUAAUUGAUGCUAAAACAUAUCGUAAUGAAUUACAACAAAUUCGUAAUUCAGUACAAACAAUUCUUGAUCGACUUCAGUUAUCAACAAAUGAAGUUCCAGCACAAGCACCACCACCACCACCAACAACAACAACAGCUCCUACAUCUACUAUUGUUUCAAGUACAACACGUGAAUUUGAUCCAUAUAAAAAUUUACAACAACAACAACAACAACGUUCAGCUACUCCACCAACAAAUUUAAAUCGUCAAGGUAAUAAUGAACAACAACAAAUAGCACCAACAAUUGAUACACAAAAUGUAGAAACAACAAAUACAAAUCAAAUGCCACCUUCUACAUUUUCACAAACACAAAUGCCACCUUCUACAUUUUCACAAACACAAAUGCCAACAUCUCAUUUUAUGCCAACAAAUUUUCCUAAUGAUCAACAAACAAAACAAAAUAUGUUUGGUCCACCCCCAACAACAUAUCCUAAUAUGCCAUCUUCUCAAUAUCUACCUCCUACAACUAUUUCAAAUAGCAAUACACAACCAAUAGUUAAUCCUACUUCUACUUCACCACCUUCAUCGAUUAAUCAACCAUCAGGAUUUAUUGGUCAACAAACAUCAACUCCUCCACAACAAGGUGGUUUUUAUGGUCAACAACAAGCUUUAUUUCAACAAAGACCUCCACUUGGAAAUUUUAAUGCUAAUAAUGCAUUUGUUCCACCACAAACAGCACCAUCACCAUCAAAUUCGUCACCAGCACCAAUGAAUUCAUCAUUUAUACAACAACCAUCACCAUCAAAUUCAUCACCAGCAACAAUAAAUCCAUCAUUUAUGCAACAACCACCACCAAUGGCUGCUCAACAACCUUAUGGAACUUAUCCUCCACAAAAUUCAUAUUAUAAUCCAGUUCAACAAUAUCCAAAUACAUCAUAA